GUUCUCAGGUGUAAAGGAGACCAUUCCGCUGCCGUAGCCGUGUUCUGACGCCUUGACAACCAACAAUCACUACUCUCCGUCUGUCUGCUGAAGGAUACACUUGCUCGUUAAACAAACGACACCUGGACUCGGUUGUCGCUUCUGUUGAACCCCCAAAUUCACCCUGUGGAUGGUUGAAAACGUUUCUUCUUGAGUCUUUCGUAGGUCAUUUUCACACAAAAAAUGUGUAUCGCAAAGAUGAGACUGAACUGUUCCCCCAUGUGGAGUGUGGUUAGCAUGUUGACUUUCUUACUAUUACCCCUUUGGGAGAUGGGCUGCUCUGGCCUGAGUUUUAACUCAGUGCCCCUGCCGCCGGUCGGGACGUACCAAAGGAGCUGCGAAGGGGGGGCACACCACAGGCAGAGACGCAGUUGGGUGUGGAACCAGUUCUUCGUGCUGGAGGAGUACAUGGGGGACGAGCCACUCUACGUGGGCAAGCUGCACUCGGACGUGGACAAGGGUGAAGGGCAGGUGAAGUACGUGCUCAAUGGCCAGGGAGCUACCUCCAUCUUCACCAUUGACGAGAACACUGGUGAUAUCCAUGCCACCAAGCGUCUGGAUCGCGAGGAGCAGGCUUACUACACACUCCGGGCUCAGGCCAGGAAUCGCGAAAACAACCUGCCCGUGGAGCCCGAGUCAGAGUUUGUCAUCAAGGUCCAGGAUAUUAACGACAAUGAGCCCAAGUUCCUGGACGGGCCCUACUCAGCCAGGGUCCCCGAGAUGUCCCCAGUGGGCACAUCUGUGGUGACGGUGGUGGCAACAGAUGCGGAUGACCCCACGUAUGGAAACAGUGCCAGGGUGGUCUACAGUAUCCUCGAGGGCCAGCCCUACUUCUCCGUGGAACCAAAGACAGGCGUGGUCAAGACAGCUCUGCCCAAUAUGGACCGCGAGGCGCGGGACCAGUAUCUGUUGGUUAUCCAGGCCAAGGACAUGGUGGGCCAGAUGGGAGGACUCUCUGGGACCACCUCCGUCACAGUGACUCUCACUGACGUCAACGACAACCCACCACACUUCUCUCGCAAAAGUUAUCAGUUCAGCAUUCCCGAGUCCCUGCCAGUGGCCUCAGUGGUAGCCAAGAUAAAGACGCUAGACUCGGAUGCGGGGCCCAAUGCUGAGAUGGAGUACAGGAUUGUGGAUGGGGAUGGCCUCGGGUUGUUCCGAAUCACCCCCGACCGAGACACACAGGAAGGCCUCAUCACUCUGCAAAAGGGCCUGGACUUUGAGACCAAGUCGAGCUACACCCUGCGUGUCGAGGCAUCCAAUAGAAACAUCGACCUGCGAUUCCUCUCCCUGGGCCCAUUUAGUGACACAGCGACCGUGCGCCUCAUCGUGGAGAACGUGGACGAGCCGCCUGUCUUCUCCUUGCCGCUCAGCAAGAUGUUAAUAUCGGAGGCGGCAAAGGUGGGCACCACCGUUGGGACAGUCUCCGCACACGACCCCGACUCCACCAACAGUCCUAUCAGGUACUCUAUAGACCGCAACACCGACUUGGAGCGCUUCUUCAACAUAGACGCCGCCACCGGUGUCAUCAGCACCGCCAAGCCGCUGGACAGAGAAGUCAACGCCCUACACAACAUCACCAUCUUCGCCAUGGAGAGCUUGGACCCAUUACAAGUGGGAAAGGGCGUAAUUCUGAUCACAGUGACGGACAUCAAUGACAACGCACCCGUCUUCGCCAUUGAGUACGAGACCUACCUUUGUGAGAGUGCCAGACCUGGACAGGUCAUUGAGACCAUCAGUGCAAUGGACAGAGACAAACCUCAGAGUGGACACCGCUUCUUCUUCUCCCUGACCGCAGAGGCUGUUGGGAACCUCAACUUCACCCUGAGAGACAACAAAGACAACACCGCCUCUGUGCUGACCAUGCGAGGGGGUUUCCAGCGUCACGACCAGACUAUGUACCGCCUCCCCGUCCUCAUCAUGGACAGCGGGAGCCCCGCCCUCAGCAGCACCAACACCCUGUCCAUACGGGUGUGCGACUGCGACCCCGAUGGGGCUCCCCAGUCAUGUGGGAGUGAAGCCUCCAUGCUGUCAGCAGGCCUCAGCACCGGGGCCCUCAUCGCCAUCCUGGCCUGCAUCCUCACACUUCUGGUGCUGGUCCUGCUGAUCGUCACCAUGCGACGGAGGAAGAAGGAGCCCCUGAUCCUGGACGAGGAGCGUGACGUGCGUGAGAACAUUGUGCGCUACGACGACGAGGGCGGUGGCGAGGAGGACACAGAGGCCUUCGACAUGGUUGCUCUGCGCAACCUCAACGUGUUCCGCGAGAGCGGUGGCAAGACCCGCCGUGACGUCACCCCGGAAAUGCCCACCCUCUUCUCGUCUUCCCGGCCGCCGCCGGACAACUGCAUCUUCCGCGAGUUUAUAUGGGACCGGCUGAAGGAGGCCGACGUGGACCCGUCAGCGCCGCCCUACGACUCGCUGCAGACAUAUGCCUUCGAGGGCAGUGGCUCGGCCGCAGAGUCCCUCAGCUCGCUGGAUUCCCUGAGCACGGACUCGGAGCAGAACUACGACUACCUCAGCGACUGGGGGCCACGAUUCAAGAAGCUGGCAGACCUCUACGGCCACAGCGACGGCGGCAACCUCUUCGCCUCCUAGCCCUCGGUCGAGCCUGCCGAACUGUCGGCGCCGACAACGUAACAAAUGAGGGAAGGAAACUGAAGAAUAUAAAGAACGAUACAAAGGAAAAAAGGAAGGAAAUGUGAGAUGACGAGAAGAUAAUGCUGUGCUCUGAGAGGACAUUUGAUUGGUGUAUAGAAAUGCAUCAAUGUCGGCGAGAAUAACUAAUAGGAUGGUGGUUUUCCAUUCUAAAAUGUUUUUUUUGAGGACUGGCAGGAUUUUUCAAACAAUGACCUUUGGGAGAUUUUGUUAACUAGAUUUAAUAUGAUGGAAAGUAUGCAAAGCUUAAGACAUUGGGACAGGCUCCAGACCCUUUGGAAGGACCUCAACGCACAAAUGUCCAGACUUUCUCAAGUCACCGUGACAUUCAAAUGGGACAAGAAGUGAACCAAUAUCUAUCCUCCAGUGUUGUUACAACAGUGACAUUAUCAAGUACUCCAUCAUGUCGUGGUCAAAUGAAAACAGUGCCACCUUGAACUGGCCCUGUAGUCUGUCACAGGGUUCACUGUGAUCUGUAAUAUGUUUCAAAUUGAUUUUUAUUGAACAGAUUCUCAAUUUCUUUACAAAACAAGAUAACUCCAUAUGGAUUUUACAGCAGAGGUUUUUUUGAAACAACCGGUGGAUUUGAUCAAUUCAGGCUUACCAUGGUUCGUGUUCAGUAGGGCUCACCGUAGCAAAAUGUUUUUAAACAGAAAACAGAAAUUAGGGUUUCUUAUUGGACCAGUAAUCUCUGCCCCUUUUCUUCCAUUUGGUGCCUAACGAACACGGUCAUGAUCUCUCAACCAUUUAGAGUAACAUAAAUAAUACAUUCCUAUAAAUGUAUCUAGACACCUGCCAGGGAUGUCCCCUGUCACACUCAAGUUUUUAAUUAACAUGCUUUAAGGGCCACAGUGCCGAUGAAGGGUUUAUGAAGUCUCCCUCCAUUGAUGUAAGGGAACAAACACCUCUCACUUACAUUGCUCCAUUAACAACUUGACACACAGCAUGAUGCUGGUUUCUAAGAGCAGCAGCGUAACAUUGUUCCCCUAGGUCUAAAGUUUUAUUGGUGCCUGCUAAUGAAAUACGGCAUAAAAUUGCAGGGAGGGGGAGAAAAUGCAAAUAGACUGGGGGGUAGUAACGAUGAAGAAAACCGAAUCAUGUCAGAGCCUGGAAGCCUUGUAAACAUCUGCAGUGAAUGCAUAUUGGUAGGUCCAACAUUCAAAGCUGUUGUGAUGUUUGUUUUAUGUAUCCUAUGAGGUGUUAUAGCUACCAUGUUGGUUUAAACUGUGUUUGUCUGUUUUUUAACGGAAACAUAGCUGUAGCAGCAUGGGAAAAUACAGUUAGCAAUGUGUUGGAGAACAUUUACAGCAAAGCUUCGGGCACUUGUAAAAACACCAAGCCAAGGAGAAUGUCAAUUGCUAUUUCACAUACAGUGAGUAGAAAUAUAAAUGUAUGAAGUCAGAUUAGUUUGAAAUAGAAACUUAACUUGCAAAAUAAGAAAUAUGCAUACAUCUUGCUGCUUAAAACAUAUUUUGUGAGAGGGAAAUGCAAGGAAAAGCAGCUGGAAAACAAAAUUAAUCUAGUUCUAGCUCUUUAGGUUUAGGUCUAUUUAAACAUAUUGGUAUAUAUGCAGAAACAUACAUAAAAUGUGAUGUCAAUACAAUAUAAAACACAUGUAAAAGAUACAGUAUGAUCAGUGAACAGUGCAUCAUCAAUAAGUUGUAAACAACAAAUUGGUAUACCACUAAAUAUGCAUAUCAAUGUCUUUAGUGAUAGAGUGUCAUUUACAUAGUUUGAGAGCUCUUGCCAAGAAAGAACUCUGGUGUCUUGCAGUGUGUCUUGUUGCAAUAGAGUAUUGCCUCGAACUCCUCAGAUCAUGCUGUCUCUCUGUAGUGGUUAGAAAACGUGUGCAGUGGACUUGUGUGGUCAUGGAGGAGCGCUUUGAAGGUCUUGACUGUGGCUUCAUCCCGUCUUUUCUCCAGGGAUGGUAGUGAACUGUAGGGGCUGCCAAUGAUGUGACAGCAUCGUCUCUGAAUGCCUUUUAAGUCCUUAGAGAGACUCUUUGGAAGGUCGGCCCACACUGGCGAGGCAUACUCCAAGAUUGGGCGGAUGAAGGUCAGGUAUACCUGCAGUAGGACUUCAGUUGGGAGUCCAGCUCAUCUUGCUACACUUAGGUAGUAGAUCCUGGGUUUAACCUUUUUAGGAUAUACCUGAUGUGCUCGUCCCAGGACAGGUCAGCUGACACCAUUACACCCAGCAGUCAGAAGGACUCCACACGCUCAACUGGGUGGCCGUUUACAGCAACCGCUGAUGGAGAGGCCUUGUUGACAGCCCUUCUGAAGCUGAUGACCAUAUCCUUGGUUUUCGUUUACAUACAGGCAGUUGGUUUUCCCCAUUGAGCCACUGCAUAUACCACUGCUUGUGUUUGGCCAGGUAGCUUGCCAGGGAGCAACUCUGUGAAUGUGAGGUCAUCAGCCUACUUGACAGGAUGGACGCUGCUUGGGAGACUGGACUGGGGAACUCCAGCUGGGACUGGCUGUGAGUUAGAAAGGCAUGUUCUCCACCUCACCGUCUGCUUGUGGUUGCCCAGUUAGCUCUUGAUAGAGAGCCAUCGUGAGCAGGACACCCUAUGCUCCACUAGAGUGAGUAGGAGAUGGCCAUGGUUUAUGGCACAAUGCAUCAAAUGCUCUGGAAAAGUCUAUGAAAGUUAUAUGAACAUCCUGCUUUGGCACUUCAUUUGAUGCGUUGUGCCAGAGCAGACACUGUUGACCUGUUCUUCACAAAGCUAUGUUGUGAGGACUUGAUGUAAUGAGCAGUCUCCUUCUCCAGUAUGUUGUGUAGCAACCCCUCAUAGGUUUUUCCCAUGGAGCUGAGGAGAGCGAUUUGCGUGUAGUCUUGGGGGAAGGUGGGGUUGCUCUUCUUAGGCACAGCACAGACGAUGGACUCUUUCCAUUGAGAGAGGGAAGUAGCUGUGUUCCAUACAUAAGUUGACAGUAUCGCACAGUAUUGGUGCAAGCUCCUCACAGUAUGUUUUCAGGAACCAGGGAGGAAUCUCGUUGGGGCCUGCAGACUUCUUCCCAUUCUGCCGCUUCAGAUGGGUUUUGAACUGGCCAAUGUUGAAACUGGGGGGGACAGAUGUUUAACAACCUCAAUUUCAGGGGUCAUGCAUGUUGUACCUUCCCAUACAGAGGAAAACGGGCACUGAGAAUGUCACAUUCCCUCUGAGUAUCCUGUUUAUUGAGGGCUGAAGGGUUUUCUCUGGUCUCACUCGCACCAGUCAAACUUUUCAAUGAUUUGUACUCACAUUUUUGAGUUAGACGACUUCAGCUGUUGGAAGUACUCUUUCUUGGCAUUUUUUUUACCAGAGCUGCAACUUUCUGCUGAAGCAUCCUGUAUUCUGCUUUGUCUUGACUGUGAAAGGCUUUCUGUCUGGAUGAGCUGAGUCUGAGUCUGUGUGUGGUCAUCCAUGGCUUGUCUCUGGUGGUCAGUUAGCUUUUUUUUGAUGGAGAGAUUGCUAUUGAGAGUAAUUUGUAGGAAAGAGUUAAGUUCAUCUGUCUGCUUUUGGGGGGUGUUUUGCUGUGUAGACUGAUGUGAAACUAUAUUUAGUGCCAUGGAGAGAGCUCUUAGGUUGUCAGAGGUACGGUGUCGUUUGUAGAUGUACUGAGCUGGUGGUUUAGGCCAUUCACCUACUGAACACAGUAUGGUCUGGUGAUCCGACUCACCUAUCAGUGGUAGAUGCUUGGCUUUGGAGUAUAGGCCUUUCAUGAUGGUAAAUAUGGAGUCUAGUUGAUUAUCUCCACAUGUAGAGUUUGUUACAACUUGGUUAAGGCCAUACCUAGAACAAAGAAAACCAUGCUUGAAUCUGUUUGUGUCAUCCAGAAUCAUAAGACCUGGGAGGGCGUAUUUGCGUUGCACAUGGUCCAAGCACACUGAGACCUCGCCUCUUUAGAAGUUGGGGGUGGGAUGUAAAUGACAUCUAUUAUAAUACAGUUCAGCCACGGGGAAGGCGGGAGGGUUUCGUCCACAGCCAAAGGCACUCAAAACGAGUGUCCUCAAGUUCAUGUAGUCAUUUGUGCCUGAUGUUACUGUCAAUGUAUAGGGUGGUCCCUCCUCCAGAGCUAGUGACCCUGUCUCGUCCAUGAAGGCUGUAGCCUGAAAAUGUCAAGUCUGGGUGAUAGUUUGAGAUCAUGUCUCUAUGAAAGUAAUUACUAUUAUUAUUUAUCAUCGUUUUAUUAUUUAUUUAUUGUAUUUGAUGACGCCUCAUACAUUUGAUGCUCAUUAGUAGGAGAAAACGUUAUAUGAUAAAUGGAAGCAACACAGUCCUACAUAUCCUUUUCAUGCUUUCGUGCUGACUCAAACCAUACAGGCUAUUUUCUUUUCUCAUUGUCCAUUUACACAGUUCCAUCGACUAUGGUGGGUGUGAAACACACCACCCCCAUGCAUUUCAUUCAACAGUUCCGUAACAUUUAACUUAAAUCCAACAGGAAUAAAGAUAUACAAUGCAGUCCAAAUGCAUUUUUCAAGACUUCACAUAAACACCUGCUAAAGAAACCUUAUAAUCUCUUAAUUUGUAUCUCAUAACGAUCUUAAGUUAUUAUCAGCUAUUUUGAGGCCGUAGAAAAAUUGGCGAGUUGAUUAUAAACGUAUAAUAUAUGUUGUAUUAUGUUAUUAUAUAUAAUAAUUAAUUAUACUGUUGGCUUGACGUGUUACCAGAAGAUGUGUUACCAGAAGAUGUGUUACCAGAAGAUGUGUACCUUCACUUCUUUAGGGUGUUUUCACACUUGGUCCCUUUCAGCCAUUUUUUUUUAACUCAGUGCGGUUCGCUGAAUUUUUUGUGCAGUAUGAAUUUUUCAAAGGAACUCAGACCCCUCAUAAGAGCCUCCAAAGCGAACCAAACUGAGACCAUCUCGAGAGGUGGUCUGAGUUCGAUUCGCUUGAAUUCCGCGGUCUGGUUCAUUUCUUUAGGGUAAUGUGAACACAAAGCUUUCCAGGUUCGCUUGUCAUUAUUCCCACACCACACUCUAGGCUACUGCAACACCAUUUUCCCAUAACCCCUCACAUUGUUGCCAUAAAAGAGAGAAGAUGAUGAUGUGCAGGUGUGCUGUUUUUGGAUAUUGAUUAGCGAUUGUCAAGGAUGAACAGAAAUUCCAAAAUGUACACUACCAGUCAAAAGUUUUAGAACACCUACUCAUUCAAGGCU